CUGACUUGAUAUCGCUACGCACUUGUUUCUCCUUUUGUGAAUCAGCGAAAUAAUCAUUUUUCGCAAAACCUGCAUUAGCUAUAGAGAUAUUCUCCGAGAUGAAGUGCACCUUCUUUCCUUUAUCAGAAAAGUAUUUCUGCAGGUCUUUUGCACGAGUUGUUUUACCACUGGACGGUAAACCGGAUAUGACUAUCAUAGGCAUAGUUAAGCGUAUUUAAAUAAAUUAACUAACUUUAUAUUUAUGCACUAAUAAAUAGCAAAUUUAUUAAAAAUAAGAGGAAAACCUGCACCGCGUUUUCCAGUCGUGGUGAGUUCGCAAUUGUUUACAUGCGUGUGGAAACUGAACAGCUGAUAAUGAAAGCAAGGGCGUAGUGUCUUAACACUUUUUAUAGGCGCCGUAUUUAUACAAAUGUGCAAGAUAUUACCUAUAUAAAGUAAAUUGUAAAUGUAAAGGUAAACGUUUAGUUAUUGAGUUGUUUUUUAUUGCAAAAUAAUUUCCUAUACGUUGAAUAUUUGGAAUAUUGCAAUAUUUUUUAUGUGUUUGAACCUCAGUUAAUAUUGCCAUGCCUACGACACUGCAAAUAAAUUUGUUUAGUUGACUUCACAUCUGAGUUUAGGCUUUUUCGAAGGGAUUAUAGAUAUAAUAAGCUGCAAUAAAUAAAGUAACCGGUCAUAAUGUCGGACGGAAAACGCAGACGCUAUCGCAGAGUUAGGCAAACUGAAGAUAAACGUCCUAUAAUAUUGGCUAAACGAAAUGUGGAAGAAGAUUCAAUAGCACGUCGAAAUGGGGACGCAGAAAUGCAACCAAAAAUAUUACUUAAAUCACGCGGGGAUGCCAGAGAUGAUGUAGAGGUGGCAGAGACAUCAGCAAAUGCAAGUACAGCGCCACUAAAAACAAUUAUUGUCACACGUAGUGAAGUAGCGCAAAGUCCGGGUUUAAGUGGCGUGAGUCCAGUUACAACUAAAGACCAGCUGCACCAGCAAGUACAACAAACAAAUGUGUCUGUAAAUGAUGUAAAUUCAGCAACGAAUGUGCAGAUAAUCGAGCCGCUGCCACAAAUGACACGUCCUGCAACUGUCAUAUCUUCAACUGGUGCAAUAAAUGCAAGUACGCGCAAAUUACUUAUGAAAGGAAAUACGGACUUUUUAGUAGUUGGCGUGGUAGGUACACAAGGUGUUGGCAAAUCAACAAUUAUGAAUCUUUUAGCCAACGAUGAUAUAAACUAUGAUUACUACACCAAACUGUUUGUGGAAGAGGAUAGUUUCUUUCCAACCAAAUUAAAGCCGCAUAAGUGUUCGGCGCGUUCACGUACCGAAUCCACACAUAUGUUUAUCACCGGCGAUCGUUUGAUAUUGCUUGACAGCCCGCCGGUAAUGUGCAAUUCUUACCGUAAGGACAUGACCACCAAUGAAUUGGAUGAUCUACGCCAGGUCAUAAGUUUUCUUUCAGUAUGUCAUUUGUUGAUUGUGGUGCAAGACGACUACUUUAAUAUGAAUUUUAUACGAUUACUGCAAUUUGCCGAAAUUAUGAAGCCAUCACAUGAUAAUAAACCAUUCGUCAGCAAUUACUUCCCUAAUGUACUAUUUGUAAAGAAUCGCGCAAAACGACAGGAUUUCACAACAAACCAAAAAGAGCGUAUGGAUCGUAUGUUGCGCGCUUUGUUCAGGGAUUCACAAUUGCGUAUAUAUAAGGGACAAACGGCCGAGCAGCAAAAGCAAAAGAGAACUCGCCCAACGGAAGGAGAGCGGCAAAUAAACACAUUCUUAUUGCCUGAAGUAGACGAAAAUCGUAACAACUCAACAUUUCACAAACCGCUGCAUGAAAUCAUUGACGAUUUUCGUGCACUUGUCUUCAUGACCCCACGCAAUGAUAUGUAUGCAGGCGCUAGCGAACUAACUGAAGCUAUUUGGUUUGAACUGCUCACCAAAGUGACACAGGACACACAACAAUUCUUUAAUACAUAUGAGGAAAUUCAACGUAAACAUUUGGAGAUGGGCAAUGCUCAGAUUGGCAGUCAAAGUAACAAUAUUAAGGAUACGCACGAAAACUGGAGAGAGCAAUAAAAUAUGUAUAAAUAAAUAAAUAAAUGAAUGACUGUUUCCCAUGA